CUUCUCUCUUAAUUACUUCAUCUUCAAAAUUUUACUACUUGUUUCCUCACACAAAUUAAACUCUCUAUCUCUUCCUCUUUCUAGUUUAAUUCAUGGAGAAUCCCACACCAACCAAAUGCUCCGUUCUAAUUGUCGGAGCCGGUAUUUCUGGUAUAACGGCGGCGAAGCAGCUGGCGGAGAAUGGGGUGGAGGAUUUUGUGAUAGUGGAGGCGUCUGAUAAAAUAGGGGGCAGGCUGAGGAAGGAGGAUUUCGGCGGCGUGGCGGUGGAGCUGGGCGCCGGGUGGAUCGCCGGCGUCGGCGUCGGCGGAAACAAGACCAACCCGCUCUGGGAAAUGGCCCGCCAAUCCAAUCUUCACACCUGCUUCUCUGAUUACUCCAACGCUCGUUUCAAUAUCUACGAUAACAGCGGAAACAUAUUUCCGGCCGAAGUAGCGGCGGAGGCCUACAACAAGGCGGUGGAGUCGGCCGUUGCGAAGCUGAACAAUAAAGAAUCUGAUGAAACGCCAACAUCUCCAAAGAGGCCAAUUGAUCUUGCGAUUGAUUUCAUGUUGCAUGACUUUGAAAUGGCUGAGGUGGAGCCAAUACCAACUUAUGUGGAUUUUGGGGACAAUGAAUUUCUUGUUGCUGAUAAAAGAGGUUACGAGCAUUUGGUGUACGAACUGGCAAAGUCCUUUCUUUCUACCUCGGAUGCUCAAAUCAUGGAUACCAGAUUGAAACUCAACAAUGUAGUGAGGACGAUGGAACAAUCGAGGACCGGUGUGGUCGUGACAACGGAGGAUGACAAUGUCUACGAAGCAAAAUACGCGAUUUUGUCGGUCAGCAUCGGAGUUCUUCAGAGCAACUUAAUCUCCUUCACACCACCAUUGCCGAGGUGGAAAACAGAGGCCAUCUCAAAUAUUGACAUUAUGGUCUACACAAAGGUCUUCCUAAAAUUCCCACAUAGAUUUUGGCCUUCAGAUUCGGACAAAGAGUUCUUCAUGUAUGCACACCAAACACGUGGUUAUUACACGUUUUGGCAGAGUAUGGAGAGUGCUUACCCAGGAUCGAACAUCCUGGUUGUGACAUUGACGAACGUAGAAUCCAAACGAAUCGAAGCACAAUCAGAUGAAGAGACUAAGACUGAAGCAAUGGGAGUGUUGAGAGCCAUGUUUGGGGCUCAUGUCCCGGAGGCGAGCGACAUACUCGUGCCGAGGUGGUGGAACAAUCGCUUCCAACGCGGUAGCUACAGCUUCUAUCCGGUUCAUGUUGAUCAUCACCUCCUACACUGUGUCAAGGCACCAGUUGGAAGGAUAUUUUUCUCAGGCGAACAUACAAGCGAAAAGUUCAAUGGGUACGUGCACGGGGGCUACUAUUCAGGCAUGGAUACUAGUAAAGCUUUGAUUGAAGAGAUGAAGACUGAGAUUGCUAGAGAAAAUGAAACUCAAUCUUUUCUAUUCCAACCAUUUUUAGCCCUCACAUUGCCACAAGUGUUUGAUAUUCCAACACACCUCCUUCACAGACUUGCAAAGGCCAUCAUAUAAAUCAAAUACUAGCAGAAAAAGCAAGACAUGUUUAUCAUUAAAUUAGUUUAAUUUCUUGUAAUUUAUGUAUAAGGUCCAUUGAUUUAAUUCUUUUGUUUUAGAUAAUGGUUGUAUUAAUGACCUUUGAUUUCAUCUAUCUAAAUAUAAAUAUUAUUGUCCUAAAAUACAUUCAAUGGACAUCCAUUGGCAUUGCACAA